AUGAAGUUGCCCCUCCAUUACCCCUCACAGCUCCACAAACUUCUCUACCGUACGACGGCAACAAAAAUUGCAUCGAGAUUCUACUCGAGAUCUACAAUAACACCAAUUAGAGCAUUUUCCACAUCCCAAUUUCUUUCGCGGAAUCAGGAUUUAAAUAUGGCGCCGAAGGAAAAAGCCGUGAAGGAGAAAGGCAAGGGAAUGCUGAAUCUGAAGGUCCCGAAGGGUACCAAGGAUUGGGAGGGCAAGGAUAUGAUUAUUCGUGAUAAGAUCUUUGGAACUAUCACGGAUGUGUUCAAACGCCAUGGAGCGGUCACUAUAGAUACCCCUGUCUUUGAGCUCCGUGAAGUCCUCACAGGAAAAUACGGUGAAGAUUCAAAGCUCAUAUAUGACCUUGCCGACCAAGGUGGUGAAAUUUGCUCUCUCCGCUACGAUCUUACAGUUCCAUUCGCGAGAUGGCUUGCUAUGAACCCGUCAAUCCAGUCAAUUAAGAGAUACCACAUCGCAAAGGUUUACCGCCGUGACCAGCCUGCGAUGACAAAGGGCCGUAUGAGAGAGUUCUACCAGUGCGAUUUUGACAUUGCUGGUGUAUACGACCCUAUGCUUCCCGACGCGGAGAUCUUAAGAAUCACUACCGAGAUUUUGGAUGGGCUCAACUUGGGAACGUAUACUAUCAAAAUAAACCAUAGACAGAUCCUUGACGGGCUGUUCCAAAUCUGUGGUGUACCUACAGAUAAGAUCAGGACAAUCUCGAGUGCCGUCGAUAAGCUCGAUAAGUCUCCAUGGGAAGAGGUACGAAAAGAGAUGGUCGAUGAGAAGGGUCUUGACCCCGCUGUCGCCGACAAGAUUGGAGAAUACGUUCUUAAGAAGGGUGGGCGCAACCUCCUCGUUGAGCUCCUCAAGGACGAAACUCUCACUUCAAAUGAGUCAUUUGCUGCUGGUCUGAAGGAUAUGGGCCUGCUUUUCGACUACCUUGAGAUCUUCAACGUCAUGCCUAAGCUCUCCUUUGACCUCUCUCUUGCCCGUGGUCUUGACUACUACACCGGUAUCAUCUAUGAAGUUGUCACCGAGGCCUCUGCACCCCCCGCCAAGGGCCACAAAUCCAAGAAGCCUGUUAAGGCCGUUGAUCCUAACGACCCAGAUGCCGACCGUUCUAACGAUGAUUCGAUCGGUGUCGGAUCGAUUGCUGCAGGUGGGAGAUACGAUGAGUUGGUUGGCAUGUUCGCCAACUCUGCUAAGGGACGGGUGCCAUGCGUUGGUAUCUCGUUUGGUGUAGACAGAAUAUUCUCAAUUACCAAGGCGAAGAUGUUGGCGGAAGUGAGAGCAAACGAGGUGGACGUAUUUGUGAUGGCUUUCGGAGGAAAGGGCUUUACGGGACUGGUGAAGGAGAGAAUGGAGGUUUGCAGAAUGCUUUGGGAUGCAGGAGUGAAGGCCGAGUUUUCUUACAAAGUCAAGCCAAAGCUUCCCCAACAAUUCGCUGCCGCAGAUAAGAACGGCGUCCCAUUCGCAAUUGUACUGGGUGAGGAUGAAAUGAAGGAAGGGAAGGUCAAGAUCAAGGAGAUGGGUCUCCCCGAAGGCCACCCUGACAAGAACGGAGUUGAUGUCGAGUUAGUCAACUUAGUGCACGAGAUAAAGAAGAGAAUUGCUACAAAGAAGGAGCUGGAGAGUGACAAAGUUAGCGUGUUGGCGGACGAUGUAGCAAAGGUUGUGCUGGAUGGAGAAAAGCCUACUGCAGUAUAA